CCUCCCCAUUCCACUUUCAUCCGCCUCGGGAGCUGGCGGAGUGUGCGAGGUUGGUUGCGUGUUGCGGGAUGGACGGCGACAGGACCGAGAUCUGGCAGCAGCAGCACCACCACCUUCACCUCCACCAUCUCCUGCAGGUCGUUUCGCGGCUCCGGGCGGGCCGUUACGGCUGGGCCGCUUCUAAUUUCAAAGUUUGGGCGCCGAAGUUCGUUGGUUCGCAAAAUGGCGGCUGCGCCUUGAACCAUUAGGGAACUGUCGGGCGGCGAAAAGUCAGUCGGUCUGUUGUGUUUUUUAAUACAUUGUUUUCGCCCCCACGGGCGUUUUUUUUUGUUAUCGUGAAUCUUUUCCAGCUUUUCAAAAAAAAAUGAACUGGGAGCAGCCGGGCCCAGCCCCCGCGGCCGCCUCCUGCAGUGAUGGGGGCCUUGGGGGAGACCCUGCCGGCCCUGCCCUCUACCAGAGCCCGUGGAUGAGGCUGCUCUCUUUGUUUUACAGGCCGAACCCGGCCCGUUUCCACCGCCAGGAAGGGGACCCCCACCUGAGCCGCGGCUCGGGCCUUCUGGGGCCCGUCCUGGACAAAAUGCGGGAAGUCAGCGGCGAGAGGGAGGCCGUUUCCCCCGUCGGGGGUCUCUGGGCCGCCGCCUGGCACUGGGUGGGGGCAGCCGAGCCUCCGCCUCAGGAGGAGGAGCAGCUAGAGGUUGUAGUGCAGGCGCCGCUGAAGAUUCCCGAGGCUUCCCCUGCCGCUCGGACUGUCGUCCCGAUCUUCCCCGGCUUGUUGUCCAAAGUGUUGGGGCGGAUCUAUUCCCUGGAAACGGCCAGCAGCAGCGACACCAGCCCCUUCCAUCCACGUCUGCCUCAUCCCUUGGACCUGGACAGUACGAGUUCAGGAUUGCCCCAGUGGAGCUCUGACUAUCCAGCAGCUUCUGUGCAGCAGCUGCUGGCCCCAGCACAGCCCAGCAUCCAGCAGAUGGAGAAACCCCUGAAAUGCUUCCAGUAUUACAGAGGGGUGGGCAUUGCCACCCUUUCAGAUCAGGACUACGGCUAUUCCAGCUUGGAAGAGGACCAUUUUGGCUCCCUGUGCCAAAACAUGAGGUAUUCAGGCAAAGGGGUGCCUGCUGAGCCUGCCCCCAGUGUAGAUGACUGCUCUGAAGGUAAUGAUCUGAAGGCCAACAGGGUCACUUGCGUGGAUAAUGAAAAGGCAGUUUUGCUGCCCCUUUCACUUGACUUGACCAUGCCCAACCUUCAGUGUUUGGAUAUUGAGAAUACCAUCAGAGAUGCUGAAUGGGAUAGCGAUGAGAGUAACAGUGAUGAGUCGGAGGAUGAUGCUGAGGAAGAGGAUGACUGCUAUCCCAUAUCCAGACCUCAUUGCUCUAAUAAAACAAUAGCUUAUAUUUUAGGAAGCAACUCCAUUAGUGAUAGUGAUGACAGUGAGGAAGAUGAGGACGGCGACUCAGAUGACGAUGGAUUUGACAGCGAUGGUAGCAGUUCUGAACUCUCAGAUACUGAUGAAGAACUGCUGAACAUUUUAGCUGGGACCUCUGAUCCUUAUAACCUUAUGAAUUUUCAAGCCUGCAUUAAAACCCGCCACAAAGAGGACGCAAGAACUGUAUUCCAGUCCAGUUGCACUCAGCAACCCAAGUUGUGUACCAUUGAGCUGGACGAUGAUUCAGACAGACUGGAUAGUGGGUUUACCGACGAAAUUCAGAGUGAACUACAGAAAACAUUCACCAAAGUAGCUUCUGUAAAAAAGUGCUCCAAGAAGGUUGCCUUUGAUGAGCACGUCACUGUCUAUUAUGUGAGUAACGAAGAAAUCCGUAAAGGGCCCUGGGAAGAGUAUGCCCGAGAUCGCUGCAGAUUCCAGAAACGAAUUCAAGAGACUGAAGAGUCUAUUGGCUAUUGUUUUACCCUUAAACACCGGCGGACUGUGCUGGAAAAUUUGCUACUGAGCAGCUAAUGAUCCGUGAGAGUAAAGGGCUUUGGAAAUAUUCAUCUUGUUAAUAGUUUAUUUGCAAAUUGCCCCUCGUUUUUGUUGAAGUUUUAUGCACUCUCACACUUGCCUAUCAUUUAGGAAUUGCUGGGAAGGUUGUUAUGCAGUUAAUGCUCAGUCAGUUUGCAACAUGAAGGAACAUGUGAAAAAAUAAUCACUAUUUAGAGUUACAAUGACAUACCUAGGGAAUUAAAAUUGUGUUAAAAUCUGCUUGCUAGAUUGGUAUAUCUGCAAGUGUUAUUUGAUCUAAUGAUUACAGCAUUACACUUUUAUUGUGACAUUAUUUUUAUGGUGUACACCAGUGGUUUCUCUAUCCCUCGAUAAUAUAUGAUCCAACUUCUGUGAAUCACCUAGAGAUGUCCUUGUGGUUUACUGAGGUACAUCUGUUUUACCCCACUUGAAUACCAUUUGGGUAGUACAGCAGUUACUGCUAAUAAUAAAAACAAAAGUUCCCAAAUAAAGAUUGUAUUUUGUGAAUAAAGUAUCUGGGUUUUUCCCAAGUUCCUUAUUAACUGGAGUUUGCAUUUAGGUUCGUAGUGAGUUUUGCUCCCUGUUUCCAACAACGUUUUCUUACAAUCACAUCUGAUUUAGGGAGAAUAUAAUGUCACAUCUUACACUGUACUAGUUAGACAAUGACAGCUUCUUUAUUUAAUUUUCUGAUUUGUUGGUGCAGCCAAAUUUCAGAACUGUCAGGGUGAAGGAAAUGAUUGUUUGCAUUAAUGGGUUAUGUUUGUUAAAAUUUGUAUGCUGUAUUGGGGGCUUUUGGUUAGACCUUUGAUUUUUAAGCUUACCCUUUAAAAAUUUUGGGAGAUGGGGAGCAUAAGUUUCAUUGGUGAAUAGGUUAUUUGUGCAAAUUUGUUGGAUCCACUUCUGUCAAUCAUGUUUAAAGAAGCUCAGUUUCCUGUUUAGAUUUUCUUCAGAGUGCUAACACACAGGAGUCUGUGUCACUGCUGUCUAAUGUACUACAGUAGGAGUUUCCAUUUCCCAAAGGUAGAUGUAAACAGCACAGGUGGUGGCUAUUUAGUGUCUCAUGCCUGUGUUAGCUUUUUUUGUACGAGUGUUCCAAUUAGUCCCACUUCACUGCUCUUUGAAGUAGCCUUGAAAGUUUUUCCCUGUUGAUAAAUUUGCCUCAUCUGUUUCAACCUGCCAGGCAGUGCAUUCCAAAUGGACUUGUUGAGGUUAAAAAGAGAGUGACCAAUUUACAAACCAUGAUUUGAUGUUUCAGUGAAGCCUGGUCCUUAAAUGUUGCAUAAAAGGAAUGUUAGUUCAAGCCAAACCAGCAUGGAGUUUCCGGCAGAGAUAAUGGGAACUGCAGAUGCUGGAGAAUCCGAGAUAACAAAGUGUGGAGCUCGAUGAACAUAGCAGGCCAAGCAGCAUCUUAGGAAAUGCUGCUCGGCCUGCUGUGUUCAUCCAGCCCCACGCUUUAUUAUCUCUUGAGUUUCAGGAUAUAUAUGGUUUGCGGACUGAGCCAUCCCUUUCAUUUGACAAUCGGAAGCUAAUCAUUAGCUGUUUUUAACUGAAUUGUUUCUCAGCCUGGGAUGGAAAACUAUGAUUUACAACAUUAAACUACAGCCAAUCUUUCUUUUUAUCUUCCUAAUCUGGUUGGCCUGGUAAUCAUGCCAUGAAGUUACCAUUGUAUCUGAUCACCAUUCUGCACACUUUAUUAGAGAUGUUGUUCAUAACGUAUUACUUUCUUGAAAUUGACUAGUUUGUUGCAGUAAAUUUUUAAAAGAUGAUUGCAAGUCGUUAAGAAUUUAUCAAGAAUGAUCAAGAACCAUUACUAAAUCUUUGAGUAUGGAUUUUAAAUUGUUACUUUUCCUGUUGUAUUUCAGUUUGAUUUUUAAGUAUGUACAUUAAUCAAAUUCAGUUCCUGACUGUAUCUGAGAAAAGUUCAGUUGAAUUUUUGUUUUUGACAGUGCGUAGCUAUGUCACGCAAAAGUUGUUCCACUUUCUUGGAAAUGUGAUUGAAUAUAUAGUUGGCAGAAGAUUGUGAUGGCGUUAUUGAUAGGAUUUCUCUUUCAAUUUGAUUGGAUGUGUUUAUCCUAUAUUGGUCUUGCGGUUGCCAAGGCUUUAGACUUCAGUGGUUUGAUCUGCGAUUAGUAUCCUUGCUUAAGUAUAAAGCUUAAGAAUUGAUCUGUUUCAAAAGUGUUUGAUACUAGUCACAUCUUACUGUACUUCAGCCUCUGCAUUUGUGACGUUGUGCUUUAGGCAACUUUUUGCAGUCCCCAAAUUGGAUGGUAAAACAGUUGCAGAUUGACAGUCCUUGAUUCCAGGUUGCUGAAUGUGGUCCUUAAUAUUUCUUUGUGAGGCAUCUUUUUCAGAAUUUGAUUGUGUUUGAUAUUUCUGAAGUUCAUCUUUUAGCUCACAUUGAAAUGUUAUGGCAAACUUGUAGAAAGUGAGAUUAAAUUCUGAAUCUGGUUUUCCAGAUGUAAUAUUGAAUUACCAAUUAACAAUACUGAAUUUGAAACUAGUUAUUUCUGAUGAAUUAGGUGACAUUUGCACGUUAAAAUUUACUACCUAAAAUUGCUUUUUAAAGAAACCAUGCCUAGUUUUGUUUCAAAUACAGAUGAUCUUGCCUGUAGUGCCCUCUUCUAACAAUUCACCUCUUUUGAGAAAACGCUUCUCUCCUCAGAUAGCAACAAUCAUGUUAGUGUUCCAACUCGAUCAAGGAGCUGGGAGAUUGACAAAAAUCUGACCCUGAUCUUUGCAUGUUAUGUGUGCAGUGUUCAUUUGUUACUGGAGUUGACUGAUGAAUUCCCCCUUUAUUGGAAAAAAUGUUUGUGUAAGUAAAUUAUAUAACAAUUGGGAAUUAGAACUCAGAUUAUUGCAAACAUUAUUUGACUUGAAGGGCAGCGCUUCCACAUACACUUCAAUUCAACCUUGAAUCUCCACUUUGUGUACAACAAAUGAGUGUAUGACCUUGGCUUGUCCAACCGAUGGAAUCAAUUUUGGACCAUCUUCCUUCUGUAAUUUAUUUAUCAAGGAACUAAUUGUAUUUUUGUAUAAUUUUGCAGAUUUGUAAACAAUGUAAAGAAAAUUAUAUUAAUUUACAUAAGAUUUAGGAUAAAUAGAUGUUUGUGACUUGUAAUUUCCCAUCAAAUGUUUAUGAACGUCACAGUAAAUUGAGACAUCUGUGUGCCUGAAGCACUCAAUAACCCAAUAGUGUCACUCUCAAAUAAAAUAUUAAUGUGCAUCAUCUCAGUUCAUUA